AAUCCAAGCAUUUUCGAGUUGCAUUUGACAUGUUCAAGUUUGUGGUUUUGUUGUCGGUUGUGGCCUGCGCCUUCGGUGCUGCAUUGCCCGAGGGUCUCCUGCCUCAGUUGGAUGGUCGCAUCGUUGGUGGUUCGGCUACCUCCAUCGGUAGUUUCCCUUGGCAGAUCUCGCUCCAGCGCAAUGGCGGUCACUCUUGCGGUGGUUCGGUCUACUCAGCCAAGAUCAUCGUGACUGCUGCUCACUGUCUGCAGUCUGUGUCCGCCUCCAGCUUGAAGGUGCGUGCCGGUUCCACCUACUGGAACUCUGGUGGCUCUCUCAUCCAGGUCGCCGCUUUCCGCAACCACGAGGGUUACAACGCCAACACCAUGGUCAACGACAUCGCUGUCAUCCGUCUUAGCUCUGCCCUGUCCUUCAGCUCCAACAUCAAGGCUAUUGGUCUGGCUACUUAUAACCCCGCCAAUGGUGCUGCUGCUACCGUCUCUGGCUGGGGUACCCAGUCUUCUGGCUCCAGCUCCAUCCCCAGUCAGCUGCAGUAUGUGAACCUGAACAUUGUCAGUCAGUCCAGAUGUGCCUCCUCCAGCUAUGGUUAUGGUAGCCAGAUUAAGAGCACCAUGAUCUGUGCCUCUGCCUCCGGCAAGGAUUCCUGCCAGGGAGACUCUGGUGGCCCAUUGGUCUCUGGUGGUGUUCUCGUCGGUGUUGUCUCCUGGGGCUAUGGCUGUGCCUACAGUAACUAUCCCGGAGUCUACGCCGAUGUUUCUGUCCUCCGCUCCUGGGUGGUCAGCGCUGCCAACUCGAUCUAAAGAGAUCGUUCAUUCAUAUGAUAUUAUAUAAUACUAUUGAUUAUAAUAUCUGCAAUAAAAUUCUGAGUAAAACAUGA